GGGGAGGGGCCCGGGCGGACCGGUCCCGCCGCGCAGCUCCCGCGGCCGAGCGCGGCUGCGGAUCGCCGCCCGGCCGCUCGGCUUAGCGCGGCACAGGCCGGGCAGGAAGGAGAAAGCUUCCGGUGGCAGCAGGGCAGAGAGAGCAGCGGCACCGGAUCAGCAAUUAACAAUGGCAGAGUAAAGAAUUUGCCACGUUGUGACUGAAGGUGUAAGGAAAAAAGCCUACAGGGAGAUCAACUCAGCAGCGUAUCUUCCACAUUUUUCAACAGCCUAUCAUCACACGGCUUUGGGAGGAGCUUUGUAAUGUAUUCUGAAGAACAAAUAACGUUGUCAGAAGUGCAUAAUUGUGUUGCCUAAAAUUUGAUACAAGCUGUUGAGUAGAUGGCUCAGCUUCCUCCUGGGAUUCGCUUCAUCACUUCAUUUUCACGAGAUCAGUGGUACAGAGCCUUCAUUUUCUCUCUCACUUUCUUGUUGUAUGCCAGCUUCCAUUUAUCAAGGAAACCUAUCAGUAUAGUUAAGGGAGAGCUGCAUAAGCAUUGCGCUGCUUCACAUGAAGUUGAACUCAACUCAUACAAAGAAUAUGCUGCCCAGAUUCAGUCUGCGAAAAAGCCAUCUAAUGUAUCUCAGUGCGGUUGGGAGCCAUUUGAUAAGAACAACUACAAACAGUUACUGGGAGCACUGGAUUACUCAUUUCUGUGUGCAUAUGCAGUUGGGAUGUAUUUAAGUGGACUAAUAGGAGAACGGCUACCUAUCCGGUACUAUCUGACAGUCGGGAUGCUUGCUAGCGGACUCUUCACUGCAAUGUUUGGAUUGGGUUAUUUCUGUAAUAUACAUAACCUGUGGUUUUACAUAAUGGCCCAGAUAGCUAAUGGGUUGGUGCAAACUACUGGCUGGCCGAGUGUCGUUACAUGUAUUGGCAACUGGUUUGGAAAAGGAAGGAGAGGUUUGAUCAUGGGAAUCUGGAAUUCACACACUUCAGUGGGAAAUAUCUUGGGAUCCUUAAUUGCUGCUUAUUGGGUGUCUACGUGUUGGGGUCUCUCCUUCAUGGUGCCUGGUGUUAUCAUUGCCGUGAUGGGAAUUGUUUGUUUCCUGUUUCUUAUUGAACAUCCUAAAGAUAUAAGUUGCUCCUGCACACUAUCCAGUAGUUCUAAAGCCUUCCUGAAUGGUGCAUCUCGAUUCAGAGUCCCAAUGCCAAACUUGAAUACUAAGGAAACCAGUAAACCUCAGGAUCCAGAGGUGCAGCAUUUACUUACGGACAGUGAAAAUAGUAGUACGUCACUGAACCCCAGCACUGUGGUCACUGGGGAAAGCAGACACAGGACAGCAGCUAUCAGCUUCUUUGGAGCCUUGCGAAUACCUGGAGUUAUAGAGUUCUCCCUCUGUCUUCUGUUUGCAAAGUUGGUGAGCUAUACUUUCCUCUUCUGGCUUCCUCUCUAUAUCACCAAUGUAGAGCAUCUUGAUGCCAAAAGAGCUGGGGACCUUUCCACACUGUUUGAUGUGGGUGGAAUCUUUGGUGGAAUUUUGGCAGGCCUGAUUUCAGACAGGCUGGAGAAGAGGGCAUCAACCUGCGGAAUGAUGUUAUUGCUUGCAGCACCCACAUUGUACAUGUUCUCUACAGUCAGUAAAAUGGGCCUUGAGGCUACCAUAGUGAUGCUGCUCAUCAGUGGUGCCCUGGUGAAUGGCCCUUAUGCUCUGAUCACGACUGCUGUUUCUGCUGAUUUGGGUACCCAUAAAAGCCUGAAGGGGAAUGCAAGAGCCUUGUCCACAGUUACAGCAAUCAUCGAUGGAACAGGAUCUGUAGGUGCAGCUUUGGGGCCUCUCUUAGCUGGUCUUAUUUCCCCAUCUGGUUGGAACAACGUAUUUUACAUGCUCAUGAUGGCAGAUGCAUGUGCCUUGCUAUUCUUGCUCCGUCUUAUUCAGAAGGAACUUUGGUGUAAUGCAGAUCAUACCCUGUUUAAAGAACACUGAGUGAUGCAACUAGAUUUGGAUUAAGGACUCAUCGGUGAUCAGAGCUAUUCCCUGAAAAACAAACUUCAUGGAAUGCAUUAUUCUGCAUUGAAGAGAUUCUGUUUGGUGAAGAACUUUGCACGUUUACUGGAAGCAGUGCGAAAAAUGCAGCUGGUAAAUCCCUGAAGCUCUUAUUUUUGCACAUGAAUAAGUACCUCAAGAUGGCAACUAUUCAUCAGAUGAAGAGACAGGAACUUUAGGAAGGUUUUAGCAGUGCGCCUCAACUGAGCCAAAGAAAAAUACCAAGUGCCUUUUUAUUUCUUUUCAUAGGAUGUUUUUAAUUAAAAUGCCUAUGUUUUCCAAAAACAAGUCAAACUGAGAGCAUAAGGAAGUUGAAAUCAUCACAGUCCAGCAGUGAAAAGUCCCAAUGUCAGUGAGCAAAGUAUGUAUCCCUUAUGUCAUCUCGUGCACAUCAAGGGCAUCGCUUUAUAGAGGACAAUAACAGCUGGUUAUUAAGAUGCACUGCUAUUAGUAUUUUGAAGCUGCUCAGACAAUAACCUUACCAUAUGAUUAGUUUUUAACUACAGUCCUCCUUCUAAUCCCAAGGACAACAUCCAGCAUUUCGGUAGGCAAUGAAAUGGAAUUUACUCUUGUGGUGUUCUGCAGUUAGCAGUUUUCACAGACUCUCUGGAUGGGUGUUAGUCCUCAAUUAGGAUUGUGCAAGAGUCCUAAGCAAGAAAAAGUAGACUA